GAUUACAUCGCUACCAUUGAUUGAUUGGACCACCUAUCUAACUGUAUAACCUGUACCUGGUGAUCAAAAGUCCAGACAAUCACUCUCUUUGAAUGGAAAUCGAGAAUUGAAGCGGCCGACAGUGAUAAAAUGGGGAAGAGCAUCGCCGGAGUUGGAGCGGAGGACCUGGUGCGAGCCGGACUUGCGCCGGAGGAAGCGGCGUUGCUGGAGGGAGAGCUCAAGGACGCCGUUGCUCUGUCUCGCCGUCGCCUUCGAGCCAAUGCCGCCGCCGGUGAGGAGCCGCAGGAGGUGUGGCGGGAGAUAACAGCUCGGAAGUUGUUGAAGCCCUGGCACCCGCACGCCUUGCAUCAGCUCAUCUAUUACUCCGUCUACCAUGACUACGAUGAGUCCUCUCUUGGCCCUCCUCUCUUUUGGUUCCCUUCUCUAGAUGAAGCUAAAUGCACAAAUUUAGGUCGUCUUAUGGAAACACACGGUCCCAAGGUUCUAGGGGCAUCUUACAAGGAUCCAAUUGCAAGUUUUAAACAAUUUCACAAGUUCUCUGUUGACCAUCCUGAGAUAUACUGGUCAUUCGUUUUGAAUGAGCUUUCAAUUCGAUUUCGGGAAGCCCCUAAGUGCAUUCUGGAUACCUCUGACAAGUCCAAGCCUCGAGGAAGUUGGCUUCCUGGUUCAGUUCUGAAUAUAGCUGAGUGUUGCUUGCUGCCAAGCAGUUACCCCCGAAAGCAGGACAACAGCUUGGCCAUUGUAUGGAGAGCUGAAGGGCGUGAUGAUGAGGAUGUUAAUUGCAUGUCACUGAAAGAGCUCAGAGAACAAGUGAUGUUAGUGGCAAAUGCACUUGAUUCAAUGUUCUCAAAAGGAGAUACCAUUGCCAUUGACAUGCAAAUGACAGAAAAAGCAGUCAUUAUUUACUUGGCAAUUGUACUUGGGGGAUUUGUUGUAGUAUCUAUUGCUGAUAGUUUUGCUCCCAAGGAGAUUGCGUCCCGUUUACGAGUAUCCAAGGCUCAUGGUAUCUUUACCCAGGAUUUUAUUGUGCGAGGAGGCAGAAGAUUUCCAUUAUACAGUCGUGUUGUAGAAGCUGCUCCAAAGAAAGUCAUUGUGGUCCCUGCAGCUGGAGAGGAUGUUGAAAUUCAGCUAAGACAGCAAGAUGUAUCAUGGAAAGGUUUUCUUGCUGGUGCUCAUCACCUUCCAAGACCAAGUUAUUACACACCAGUUUAUCAACCAAUAGACUCUAUCACCAAUAUACUAUUCUCAUCUGGAACAACAGGAGAUCCAAAAGCAAUACCUUGGACUCACCUCUCCCCCAUGAGAACUGCUGCUGAUUCAUGGGCUCAUGCUGAUGUCCAAGCUGGAGAUGUAUAUUGCUGGCCAACAAAUUUGGGAUGGGUGAUGGGGCCAACUUUAGUAUAUGCUUGCUUUUUGACUGGUGCAACUCUGGCACUCUAUCAUGGAUCUCCUUUAGGCCGUAGUUUUGGAAAAUUUGUUCAGGAUGCAGGCGUAACUAUUUUGGGCACCGUUCCAAGUUUGGUGAAGGCCUGGAAAAGCACAGACUGUAUGAAAGGCCUAGACUGGACAAGAAUAAGCAGGGUAUUUGCUACUACUGGAGAAGCCUCUAAUGUUGAUGAUGACCUUUGGCUUACUUCGAGGGCCUACUAUAAACCCAUUGUGGAAUGUUGUGGUGGCACAGAGCUUGCAUCCACCUACGUUGCAGGAAGUCUUUUGCAACCACAAGCUUUUGGAACAUUUAGCUCAGCAUCUAUGGCUGUUGACUUUGUCAUCCUUGAUGAAGAUGGCCAUGCUUAUCCAGAUGAUAAAGCCUGCAUUGGUGAGGUCGGUUUAUUUCCUAUCAAUUUCGGAGCUAGUGAGAUCCUACUGAAUGCUGAUCAUGAAAGUGUAUACUUCAAGGGAAUGCCAGUGCACAAGGGAAUGCAACUUAGGAGGCAUGGUGACAUCCUUAAAAGAACUGUUGGUGGUUAUCUUGUUGUACAAGGGAGAGCUGAUGACACAAUGAAUCUUGGGGGUAUUAAAACAAGUUCAGUUGAAAUAGAGCGUGUUUGCAAUCUGGCUGACAGAAAUGUUAUCGAAACAGCUGCUGUCAGUGCAUCGCCAGCAAAUGGUGGUCCUGAACAGUUAGUUAUUUUUGUGGUGCUCAAAGAAGGAUUUAAGAUUGCACCAGAAGAGCUGAAGACAAAAUUUUCAAGAGCCAUACAGAGCAACCUUAAUCCUUUAUUCAAGGUGAGUGCUGUAAAAAUUGUUCCAUCAUUUCCACGAACAGCUUCAAAUAAGGUACUGAGGAGACUUUUAAGGGAUAAAUGGAAGCAGGAGCUUCUGACACAGAGUAAACUUUAACUCACUAUCUGGAUGAUGCAAGAGACAUGGUACUGGCCUGUUGUGUUUAUUGAUGUCUACAUAGUUGGAAGUUUAGUUUAUCAUACAUAUAUGCGUGUAUGUGUGUGUGUAUGGUAGUUGUAUGAUGACAAUGUAGUUUAUGAUCUGUGUCAGAAAAUAAAGUUCUAGAAGUCUCAUGAAUAAUCUUUUUGCAUGCACGUGUACGAGAAUAAUCUGUGUGCUAUGACUGUUUUUACCUGCCUAAAGUUUAUGAUUCAAGAAAGCAUUAUAAAAGUUCUAUCUA